GCCGCUCUUAAAAGUUUGUACGUUUCGGCGAGAGCUUUGGCUGUACCGACCUCCUGGAGGAAGGGGGCUCUUCGGUGUCUUCCCACCCCCCACCCUUUCCAGCUCAAAAUUUGCACUAUUUUUAUUUUUGCUUCUGGGGUUCGGGCUGCAGAGGACCAAAGCUAUGCCCCGGAAGAGUAUCUUAGAGGUGAAGGUGCUGGACGUGCAGAAGAGGCGAAUUCCCAACAAACACUAUGUAUACAUUAUCAAGGUCACCUGGUCCAAUGGCUCUACAGAGGCCAUUUAUCGACGAUACAGCAAGUUCUUUGACCUGCAGAUGCAAAUGUUGGACAAAUUCCCAAUGGAAGGAGGACAGAAGGACCCUAAACAAAGGAUCAUCCCUUUUCUUCCAGGCAAGAUCCUCUUCCGCCGAAGUCACAUCCGUGAUGUUGCUAUCAAGCGUCUUAUACCCAUUGAUGAGUACUGUAAGGCUCUGAUCCAGCUGCCGCCAUACAUCUCUCAGUGUGAUGAGGUCCUUCGGUUCUUUGAGACGAGACCAGAAGACUUAAAUCCCCCCAAAGAGGAACCAAUUGGAAAGAAGAGAUCAGGAUUUAUCCAGAGAACGGCUUCUUUUCUCCUGAGAGGUGGCGAUUUGGCAUCUGCCGAUCCUAUGGUCCUGGAACAGUAUGUGGUGGUAGCAGAUUACCAGAAGCAAGAGAGCUCUGAGAUUAGUUUGUGUGCAGGCCAAGUGGUGGACAUAAUUGAGAAGAAUGAAUCUGGCUGGUGGUUUGUGAGCACCUUGGAUGAACAAGGAUGGGUCCCGGCUACAUGUCUAGAGGUCCAGGAUGGAAUUCAGGAUGAAUUUUCAAUGGAACCUGAAGAAGAAGAGAAGUAUAUGGUAAUUUAUCCUUACACUGCUCGGGACCAAGAUGAAAUGAACCUGGACAAAGGGGCUGUAGUGGAGGUGAUCCAGAAAAACCUGGAAGGAUGGUGGAAAAUCAGGUUUCAGGGUCAGGAGGGCUGGGCCCCAGCAUCGUACCUGAAAAAGGGGAGUGGGGACAUGUUUACACCAAAACAGGGAUCUGCCACUUCUGCCCACUCAUAUGCAUUGGAUCUGGAUGGAAUUUCUCGGCAGCAGAACUCAACAGGCCGAGACAAGGAUGGGCCAAACAACCAAAGAGAUGGAAGGUUUGAUGGUCGCCCAUUGCCCAAUGUGGACCUUAGGCGAAAGUCGCCAAAGAUGAGGCAGAGGCCCCCUCCCCGUCGAGAUCUCACAAUACCACGUGGCCUUAACCUGCCCAAGCCUCCUGUGCCUCCCCAAGUGGAAGAGGAAUAUUACACCAUUGCUGAUUUCCAGACCAUUAUCCCUGAUGGCAUCAGCUUCCAAGCAGGACUGAAAGUAGAGGUGAUUGAGAAGAACCUGAGUGGCUGGUGGUAUAUUCAGAUCGAGGAGAAGGAAGGCUGGGCACCAGCUACCUUUAUUGAUAAAUACAAGAAAACCAGCAAUGCAUCUAGACCUAAUUUCUUAGCACCACUCCCCAAUGAAAUGGCGCCGCUCCAGCUUGGCGAUAGUACAGCCGAGAGCAGCUCUAAUGGAGAAGCCCUUGGGCCAUCCAGGCCUCUGCCUGAAGUGCCACCCAAUGGCGCAGACUGUGGAGCGAAGUGGAAAGGGAAGGAGCCCCCCAAGGGUGCCGUGCUCGAGAGCAGCGACGCGGCGUUGUGUGUUGGGUACGAAGAGAUCUCUGAUCGGGACGCAGAGGAGAAACCAAGCCUCCCUCCUAGGAAAGAAUCCAUCAUUAAAUCCGAAGAGGAGUUAAUGGAAAGGCAACGGAUGGAGCAGAGGCCGCCUCCAAAGCCUCCUGGCAUGCUUUUGCCUGGGAUUCCACCAAAGCAGGCUCUUCCUCCAAGGGACAACAAGAAACCAGAGCUCAAAACAGAGAAGGGGAAAUUGUUCCAGUUGAAAAAUGAAAUGGGAUUAGAGUGUGGGCACAAGGUGUCUCCCAAGGAGGUGAAGAAGCCAAACCUCCGGCCCACCGUUAAGCCAGCCAAGCCCAAGGUUGAGCCCCCAGAGGAGAAGCCUGAACCAGCUGUGCCAAACCCCUUCUUGAAAUCAAAACCCCAGAUCAGACCUAAGCCUCCAGCAGCUGCCCCUAGGACAGACCCUCCUCAGGCGGACGAUAAACUGGACAUUUGCAACCUGAGGAGCAAACUCAGGCCUGCAAAGGCUCAAGAGAAGCCUUCCGAACAGGACCCCGUGUCUAACGAGAGUGCCUUCAGCAACAAUGUGCUUCCGGUAGAGUCCUCUCUCAGAUCUCAGGAAAGGCCAAGUGUGGAGAUGAGGCCUCCAUCCAGACCCGACAGCCAAGUCUUUAAGGAAGCCAAUUUGCCCAAAGUUUCUUUUGGGUCCUCAAAGUCAGGCGAGAGUGAGCCCAAGAGCAGCUUUCCAGUUCCAAGGGAGCCACCCCAGCGGCCCGUCGUCCCACCCAGAAGGCCACCUCCUCCCAAGAAAGCUGCUGUGCCGCCACCUCCAUCUUCGCUCUCCCCUUCUCCAGAACAUAAAGCCCCACAGAGGGAAGUACCUGAACGAGCUGCUCCGGUGCCUGGCAGACCAAUGCUGGUUCCACCAAAAGCCAAAGGCUUCCUGCCAACUCCGUGCCAAGAUGAUGCCAAAGCAAAAAGUGGCUUAGGCCAAAAGGCAGCACCGAAGCCCCUGGAGAGAGAGAAAGUAUCCAUCCCCAUCACCAAUUCAGAUGUCUCCAAAGAAGCCCUCUAUGUGGCCAUGGCAGAUUUUGAAGGAGAUGAAGAAACCAGCAGCUUUAAAGAAGGGACCUUGUUUGAAGUUCGUGAGAAGAACAGCAGUGGCUGGUGGUUUUGCAAGAUCCUUGCCGGAGGGCCAUGUUGGGAAGGCUGGAUUCCUUCCAAUUAUCUCAGAAAAAAGCCAUAAGUUCCUCCGUUGUCUUCAUAUUAAGCAGCAGCUCAACAUUCCCCAUUUUAGUAUCAAAAUAUUUAAUUAGCUUAUUUAUAGUUUUUCAUAAGGCUGGCUCUAUUACUAAAGGGGGGGGGAGUAUCUGGGAUACCAUACAUUCCAAUUUGUGUCCUUUCCAAGAAAGAAGGGAAAGAGAAACAGGCCUUCAUGUAGUGCAGCUCAGCUUACCGUUCCUUCUCUUCGUAAGUCAUUCCCUGAACACUUUUUGAUAGUAACCCCUUGUCCUUUCCCCACCCUCUGUGUGGUUUAGGUCAACCUACCCCUUAUAGGACCAGCUGAUGAAAAUGUGAGUUUUUAAAAUGCUCUGCAAGUUUUGGAGCAAAGAGUGUCAAACAAAACAGAGACACACAGAUUGGAAAAUGUAGAAAGCAUUUCUACACGAGCCUGUCUUCAGGGAGUCUGGGAGAGAAUCUGUAUUUAGCUUGGCGUGCAGUAGGUCCCACUAGCCAAAGAAGGGAAGUGAGAAUGGGAAAGGCCACUGUUUUGGCGGAGUGUCCUUGUUACAUGUCAUGUGCCAUAUGAUGUGCCAUAUGAUGCUAUUCACUGUAAUCAGGAGCUAAGAGACACCAUGGCAAAGAGAAUAAAUAUUAAGCAGUUAUUAUAUAUCUUAGUGCAAAGGCCUAUCCAAGUGGAUAAGAGAUUUUUUUUGGUCUUGUGUCCAUGUCAUUUCCACACACCCCUUGUUUGAACAAUGCCUCUGCCAGUUCAGUUGUCCCUUGGGUGACAGCUGCUCUUAUGUAGCAACCUCUUUUGAAGUCAUGUGCACACAUGUGCUAAUGGAGAUCGGUGUGCUCUCUGCUGUGCAGACCUCUGUAUAGACACCUGUAUUUUUUCCAGCAUUGUAGCCUUAUUUUAGUAGAUAGAGCAGACGUUGCCUUAUGUUGUCCAUAGUGUUCAGCCAUAAGGAUCUUAAUAAUUCCAGACAUUUUGGCAACAGCAUUGCUGGCAGGAUGUGGUAUUGCCUCUUUGAGAAUAGAUUGUAAUGCUGCAUUCCCGGCUGCAAGUAGGUCUUCUGGGGCUGUUCUGACAUGAUUCCCCUGGUCUUAUAGAGGACACCUGCCAGGAUGGUGCCUCCCCCACGCCCGCAGGUGCUAAUAAUUUCUAGUGCAGGGCUUACCUGGGGGUAGCAACCAGGUGUCACAAAGGAGGAAGCUUUUGCUGUGCCUCUCCCCAAUUCAUCCAUUCCUUAUCCAUUUGCCAGAGCAAGUCUUUUCAUAAAGCAUGUUUUCCACCUUUGUGUUGGUUGCAGGAAACAGUAAUCAUAGAGUGAAUGUAAGCCACCAUAUCAAGUGUCUGCUUGAAACAUCAAGCAGACACUUGAUAUCAGACUGCUACAAUAGUCAGACGGAUGCAAUAGUUCUCCGCGUGGUAUGAACUGUUCUCGUGGUCAGAAGGCAUAUGUGGGUCCUGGCCUCCAUUUCUGUUGGAAUUGUUGUAGAUCACAAGCUGAAUAUGAGCCAACAGUGUGUAGCUGCAAAAAAAGUGGAUGCUAUUUUGGGCUGCAUUAAUAGAAGUAUAGCUUCCAAAUCGUGUGAGGUACUGGUUUUCCUCUAUUCAGCACUGGUUAGGCCUCAUCUUGAGUAUUGCAUCCAGUUCUGGGCUCCACACUUCAAGAAGGACGCGGACAAGCUGGAGCGUGUUCAGAGGAGGGCAACCGGGAUAAUCAGAGGUCUGGAAACAAAGCCCUAUGAAGAGAGACUGAAAGAACUGGGCAUGUUUAG